CACCCCUUAGCCCGCCUGCUCACUUCCGGUACCCUGUCUCCGGAAGUAUAGAACAUUUUCUCAUCACAAGAAGGAUAAAAAAAACAGCUGUUGUUUAAGAAAACAUCAAAAAUGCCAGCCCCUAAAAGAAAGUUGGACUCUCCUGAUACAGAUGGCAAGAAAAUUAAACCAGAUCAGAAUGAUCUUCCCUCACCAAUCAAGAAUACUACAGCUUCAGAAACAUCCAGCACAUCAGAUGAAACAUCAGUCUCAGAGAGGAUUACAGUUGCUCCCCGGACUAGAAAGAAGUCUUUAGGGGAGCCAGAAGAGCAAAGCACACCAGUAAACAGUGCCUGCCUCUCCUCUCAGGGGAAAACAACAGAGGUCAUUCCCAUGCCCAAGCCCAGUUCUCCUGGCAAGAAAGCCAAGCUGCUGAAAGCCACAAGUGCCUCCUGCGGAGAAGCGCUCUCAAAGACGGCCAACUCCAAAGCUGUCCUUAAGAGACCAGCCAGCAUCUCUAGAACAGCCUCCACAGAGUCUGACGAUGACCUUAGCAGUGAGGGAAGUAAAAUCGAGCUGUUCGAAGGGAGAAGUGAGGGAGACAAACCCCGCUGUAUCAGAAAAUACUCGAAUGGAGUGAGAGGAAAGCGCUCUGCUAUAGGGUCAUCAUGUGACCCGAAGGAGGCCAGCGAAGUAGUGCCCCCUGACCCAAUACAAAUGGAUCAUAACUAUGGAAGGUAUUCAACCCCUCCAAGCAGCUGGCCCAAGUCUGGGAGCGAGGGUGAGGAAACAAUAAAGGACAGAUGUAUGGAGCCGACCAAAUGCCCAGAGAGCCAAAGAGAUGUGAAUGUGAAAACUGAAGCACCUGUACUGUUAACAUCAGAUCCUUCCCCGGAACAGUUGGCAGAGAGAGAGGGAAUACUAGAGUUGGCUCACACACCUCUGGAAUUAACAGAGACUGGAAGGGUCCAAGAGUCAGAACCGGUCCAUGAACAGAUAAAACCAGGGGAAGAGACACAGGUGAGAUCUGAAGCUGUCCCUGAGAAGGUAACUGCUCGUGAAGGGAGCAAAGAGUCAAAUCCUAUACUUGAACAAGUCAAACUAAGGGACGAGAUCCAAGAUGUGGCUCCAGAUCCUGUCCCUGUUCAAAUAAAAGAGAGAGAAGGAAGAAACAAGUCUGAUCCCACACCACAAGUGAAUCAUAGUGAAGAGACACAGCCAGUGACUUCAGAUGCUGUCCCUGAGAAUGUGAAUGAAGCUCAUAAGGAGUCAAUUCCUACUCCUCAUCAGGUCCAUUCUAGUGAAGGACCUAAGGAGUCUACUGAUGUCAUUGAACAGGUGAGCCCGAAUAUGAUGACCCAGGAGCCGAGUUCCACACCUGAGCAGGGCAAGGAAGAGAAGACAUCUGAUCAAGUUCAACAGAGUGAGGGGAACAGCGACUCGGAUCUAGCCCCUGAAGAGACCAAACAGAAUGAAAGGACUUUGGAUGAGCUUGCCGUUCCAGAAGAGAUUUAUACGACAGGGAUGACACAAGAGUGUAGUUCUUCCCCUGAAACUGUGAGCCACAGUAAGGUGACACAGGGCAUUACAUCAGAGGCUCUUCCUGGUCAGGUAAAUCAUGGUGAACCAACCCAAAUGUUUGAAGAAGGGAAUCCUAGUGGAGUGACCCAAGAGUCAAAUCCCAUCCCCGAACAGGGGAACGAAGCUGAAGAGAGGAAUGAGUUGAAUUCUGUCCCUCCACAACUGAAGCAAAAUGAAGCCCAACAGGGCACAUCAGAUUAUGUUCCUGAACAAAGGAAAGAAAGAGGUGAUCAGAGUGAGGCAGAUGAAGAGGUGAUACAAGAGACCGUUUCAGACGAUGUGAAGAAGCAUGAAGGGAUCCCACAGAUGCCAUCAGAUCACAUCCCUAAACAAGAGAUUGAAGAAGAAAGAGCUCAAAGGUCAGUCCCAGCACCUGGAGAGGUGAAUCAGAUCGAAGCGAGCAAAGAAGUUAAUCCCACUCCUGAAAAACAAAUACAUCAGAGUGAGGGGACUCCAGAGUUUAAAUCAGAUCCAACCCCUGAACAGGUGAAUCAGAUUGAGGAGAGCAAAGAUUUGAAUCUCAGUCCUGAUCAUCAUUUGAAUGCGAGUGAGGGGACUCAGGCGCUGAUUUCAGAUGCAGUCCCCGGUAACGUGGACGAGGUGAAAGAUGUGAAUCCCAGUCUUGAUCAUCAAGGGAAUCAGAGUGAGGGGACUGAGUUCAAAUCAGAUGCUGCCCCUGAACAGGUGAAUCAGAUUGAAGAGAGCAAAGAUUUGAAUCUCAGUCCUGAUCAUCAUGUGACUGUGAGUGAGGGGGCUCAGGAGUUGACUUCAGAUGCCGUCCACGAUAACGUGGACGAGGUGAAAGGUGAAAAGGUGAAAGAUGUGAAUCCCAGUCUUGAUCAUCAAGGGAAUCAGAGUGAGGGGACCGAGUUCAAAUCAGAUGCUGCCCCUGAACAGGUGAAUCAGGUGAAAGAUGAAAAAGAGUCUGAUCCUACUCUUAAACAUCAAAUGAAUCAGAGUGAGUGGACUCAGGAAUCAGAUCCUGUCCCUGAACAGCAGAGUCAGAUUGAAGAUAGCAAAGAGUUGAAUACAACACCUGAACAAGUGAAUCAAAGUGAGGGGACCCAAGAGAUAAUGCCAGAUGCUGUCCCAGAUCUGAAUCAAAAUGAAGGCACACAGGGGCCAAAUCCCACAUUUGAAAAGGUGAAUGAAAGUGAAGGUACUCAGGAGAUGAAGCAGGAUGCUAUGGACAACUCUGCCAAUGAAAUCAGUGACAGUCCACCACCUCUUGAUACAUUGGCUAAAAUCAUCCAAGAGUCCAAUAUUUGUGGAGAGCUUUUUCCUGACAUAAAUGACAGUAGGCCUGAGGUUGUAAAUGUGUGUGUUCAAGGCUCUGUAGAGGUCCUGAAGAAAGACAGUGACUUCGAACACGCAGAGAACCUUGAGUGCCUAGUACCAACCCCCAUAAUUGUGGAGGACAUAGAGAUUGGGCACUGUGUUGUGGAGGUUGUGGGGGAGAGCCUGGAAGAGUUGGAGAGUGAUCUGGAAAUCAUAGACCAGAAAAUUCAGGCAAAACAAGAAUUCCCUCCAGUGAUAAGAUCAGAGGAAGUAGCACGCAGCCAGCAAAAAAUCCAGGAACCAAGUACCCAAAAUACAGCCCCGGUUUCUUCCAAACAAGGCAGCUCGAAUGGUGUAUCCACCGAAGUUAAAAAGACAAACGUCAGUGUUGAGAAGAAGUCUAAGAAACAAGAAAUGAACCCCCAGGCCAGGACCAAAGCCCGCCUCGCCGCCCUGGCAGAGCAGAAGGCAGCGGCCUCCAAGAAAGCGGCCAAUCGACUGAGGCAGCUCAACCUCUUGGCCCUGUGUGAAGAGAUAGCUGACGACAUCGCCUCCGACAGCAUGUUGAUCAAGGUGAAGGAGGAGCCCAUAAAGACUGAAUCCGCAGAUGUGGAAUGCCAGCCAUCACUGUCCCCGCCCGUUACCCAGGAAACGGACACCACCUCUGCUGUCCCGACUCCGGCUGGCCCUGAGGAGCGGGUUCCGUCUGCCGUCACUGCCGAUGAACCCAAACCAGCACAACUAGCCGAGACCAAGCCCCCUGAGGCUCGGCCGGCUGAAGUCAAGCCCGCAGUGGAGCCGCCGAAGAGGCGCUUCUUCAUCAGCCAGGUGACUGUGCCCCUGAAAACCAACGAGAAGAAGAAGCUGACCCGCUUCCAGCGGCUGCGGCAGGUCGAGCUGCAGCGGGAGAAGAUGUCGUGGACCAGGGUGAAGAAGCUCAAAUCGGACCAGGCCAAUCAGAAGAUGGCUCCGGAGAUGGAUGUGAAACCCGCCUUGUCAUCACUGUGCGCUCCCGCUACUCCAGCAGCGUCCCCGGUGGCCAAAACCUCCCCCCUCACGCCUGCGCCCAGUCCCAGUCCGGCUGCACCCAAGACAGCUCCCGCUCCCUCUCCAGCUUCCACCAGCAAGGCUGCAACACCUAAAGUUGAACCCCCUAAAGUUGAGCCCCCAAAACCGACCCCCACGCAGGGACCUACCGUCAGAGUUACCAGAAGUGGUCCUAAGAGAGGCCUGCCAGCGGUACCUCCGCCCAUGCCCAAUGGGCUGACCAAACAGAAACCCAAGCCUGAGGUGGACUAUAAGCCUUACAGACCCAGACCCAGGUACUCCGCUGACGACUUUGAGCUGGACGGCAUGGACGACGAACCCAAACCCCUAGUCAAGAAGCUAGUCGUGCCAGUGCCAGCGCAAGUGGCACCCAUGACUGCGAAGAACGGCAAGCCAGAGAUAUCGACAAGGAAGGUACUUACCCCUCCUCCUAAAGAGGCUCAGAGAGGCCCUGUCGACAAACAGAAGCACGAAGACAAGCCUGCUGUUAAAGAGGUUAAGUCACCAGCACCAGAUGCCAAGACAACGACGGCUCCACCAGCAACAGCAACAACAGCUUCACAGGAAGCAGCAACAACACAAGCAGCAACAACAACACAAGCAGCAACUACGGAGACAAAGACACCAGAAAAGCCGCUCGACCAAGGGAAGGUUGAGGCAGGAGAGAACAGUGCUCCCCUCUCUGACGCACAUCUCCAGAAAGAAGUGAAGAAGCUAAAGGAGGCAGACAAAGACGGAACUCAAACCAUCAUUGAUGCUGGGCAGAAGCACUUUGGCGCUGUGGCCUGCAGUGUUUGCGGGAUGCUGUACUCUGCUGCCAACCCUGAAGACGAGUCCCAGCAUCUGCUCUUCCACAACCAGUUCAUCAGCGCUGUCAGAUACGUGGGAUGGAAGAAAGAGAGGAUUCUGGGGGAGUACCCUGAUGGCAAGAUCAUUCUGGUCCUUCCUGAUGACCCCAAGUAUGCCCUGAAGAAGGUUGAGGAGAUCAGGGAGAUGGUGGACAAUGACUUGGGCUUCCAGCAGGUGGAGACCAAGUGUCCGUCCAAGACCAAAACCUUCCUCUUCAUCUCCAACGACAAGAAGGUGGCGGGAUGCCUUAUCGCCGAGCACAUUCAGGAGGGUUACAGGGUGAUCGAGGAGCCCAGUCCGGAGGGUUCCGAGGGGGAGAAGGUGAUGUUUGAGCGACAGAGAGCAUGGUGCUGCUCCACCACCGCCGAGCCAGCCCUCUGUGGGAUCAGCCGCAUCUGGGUCUUCAGCAUGAUGAGACGCCAGGGCAUCGCGUCGCGCAUGAUCGAGUGUCUCAGGAACAACUUUAUCUACGGCUCGUACUUGAGCAAAGAUGAGAUUGCUUUCUCUGACCCUACCCCUGACGGCAAGCUCUUCGCAACGCACUACUGCGGCACCUCUCAGUUCCUGGUGUAUAACUUUGUCAGUGGGACACGUUCAACCAAACCAAGGCCCGAUGUGGUGUGAUGGAUCAUGUGGCAGGACUGAUGUUAUCCCAGCCCAGUUGGACUUUCCCACAUGGACCAGUAUCUGGAUCUGUUCAUUGACUGUGUCACUGUUUUCUCUUGUGACUCUUAGACUGAGUGGAUAAUUCAUCAGGAGGCGAAAACCUACUGUAAUGACAUUUGGGGGGGGGGGGGGGGGGGGGGAGAAUCUUGGUUUUUAAUCUCAGGUUGAAAACAACCAGAUGUUGUUUGAAUUGAUUAAUUCUCCCUUUAAUCCCUGCAUAGUAUUUUGAAACAAAUAAUAUUUUCUUUAUGUGUUUUUUAAGUACAGAAACUGCUUUUAUCGGGAGUAUUAUAGAGUUUACAUGCAUGAAACUUGACAGCAAUAGAGUUCAAUGAUUAUGUCAUGAUUCAACCUGUUGUUUUGAUCCAUGAGCACAGGUCAAUAUUAGAGGUGCACUAAAUUUGAUUUCACACUUGUCCUAUGAUCUGUGAUGGUCAGGCCAUAUAAUACAUUUCAUGUAGCUUUUACAAAAGGUUGACGUUCACAGAUGUCUAAAAUCUUUGUACGCUGAGGUGUUGCAGUUAAUCUCUGUGAAUGUGAUUUGAUCACUGCAAAGGUUCAGAAUAUGAAAUUUAAUGUCACUACUUCUCAAAAUAAUGUAUUCAGUUUUACCUAGCUGUGUUCACUGGUGGUUAUUCUAAAUUAUGCUGCCAUGUAUCAUGAUAAUAUGUCUUAUAGUAACAUAUCCAUUAUUAAAAUGGUGAUCAGCCGCUUUUCAUUGUGA